CUAUCAGUGUGUGUGUAAGUAAUGUGCUGGUCAGCAGUGAAUCAGUGUCUUCAUCAGAUUCAGGUUGUGUCAUCAGGAGUCUGAUUUCUAUCUGCACUUUCUUCUGUUUUUACGAAGUUUCUUGACUAGUGAAUAGUUAUUUUUGUGGUGAAUGGAGAUGAGUGUUGCCAUGCUGAAGAUUGGAGCCGUGUUGAGCACUAUGAUCAUGAUCACUAACUGGAUGUCACACAAACUGCCAACACUGGUAGGACUUCGUCAAGACGUCGCUCGACCGGGAACAUCUGAGAAAAUCAUCAGUGUGUUGUAUCCAGGUGAGGAUGAUGGUUGGCAGGUGUACGGCUCUGUUCAGGGGAAGUGUGUUUGUUCUAUACGCUCACCCGUUCAGAGCGUUUGCAGCGGUGACCCGCGCUACAUCCAUCUGCGACAGACGUCUGAUCACGUGCAGAAUGUUUCUCAGUAUAUUGAAAUGUUAAACUCGCGGACAUCUCAAGAUCUUCAGCAACUACGAGACUCAGAGAUGCUCCUCGUCACCAUGGAGACCAGAUUGAAAACAGCCCUUAAUAAUGCACAAAGUUUGACAACUAAGAGUCUGCAGGAGUUGAGAUGGAGUAUGUCUGAGUUUCGGCCGCUGCGGUUGGUGUUGGGUCGCUUCAGGUCAGAUGUGAGUCAGUUUGACUCUCUGAGAGAAGAGACGAGCAGACUCCAUGACUCUCUCUCCAUCCUGAAGGAACACUUCACAUUACAAUACUAUCAUCAACUCCAACACAAAGCCUCAACACUUCAACACAAUCUACACACCUGCUCCAGCCGACUGGGUUGUGGCAGAUUGACAGGUAUCAGCGCUCCUGUCACUGUCAGAUCUUCAGGGUCACGUUUUGGAUCGUGGAUGAUGGACAGUUUGAUUGACAGCUUGGACAACCGCGUGUGGGUGAUGGAGGGUUAUUUUAAAGGCAAGCGUCUGGUGGAGUUUCCGUCUCUCAGUGAUUUUGCCACAGGACAGAACUUCAUCAUUCACCAUCUUGAUCAGCCGUGGUCCGGUACAGGUCAUGUGGUGUAUGACGGCUCUCUGUACUAUAACAAACACAACAGUAACACACUGAUCCGCUAUCAGCUGAGCUCCGGACACAUUCUCGCUCAGCGUGAUCUGGAUCAGGCCGGAUUCAACAACACGUUCCCGUACUCGUGGGGCGGAUCGUCAGACAUCGAUCUGAUGGCGGAUGAGGCGGGACUGUGGGCGGUCUACACAACUCUUCCUCACGGAGGGAACGUGGUGCUCAGUCGUCUGGAUCCCGACACGCUGCAGGUGAUGGAGUCGUGGGACACGGGCUUUCCCAAACGCAGCGCCGGAGAAUCCUUCCUCAUCUGUCAGACUCUCUACCUGACCAACUCGCACCUGGCCGGCGCUAAAGUUCACUUCAGUUACCACACCAGCACGUCAUCCUACGAGUACACCGACAUCCCGUUUCACAACCAAUACUCACACAUCUCCAUGCUGGACUACAACCCCCGCAUGCGAGCGCUCUUCACCUGGAAUAACGGACAUCAGGUGAUCUAUGACAUCACUCUCCUGCACUUCAUCAAGACCACCAAAAACAACCACAGAAACAUCAGCAACGUCAUAUCCAAAUGACUGUAGACUGUUAUGAUGAGAUCUGUUUCUCUUGUGAUGGAUGAAUCAUGACAGUGAUGCAUGAGAGUUAAAACGGUUAGGACAGAGAAGUCAAAUGCUGUAUGUAACAGAGCAAGUGGUGUUGUAAAUCGUCCGGUGUUUGUGAAUUCAACAAAUUGUGAAUAAAUGCUCUAAAGGAGUGUUCUGUUGUUUAGAAUGUUUGAUUUACAUGUUUACAGCUAAUUAACCUUGCUUUUAUUAUAGUAGGCUAAAAGUUGAGUCAUGUUUUUUGGCAGAUUGAUUAUCAUUCCUAGUUUUACUGAAAUUCAGUUUUGGUUAUUGUGGUAAAGCAAUAUUACAUUUGUUGUAGUUAAAUGUGGUUGUUAUGUGGUCAAAUCAUCAUUCACGUUUUACAUUGUUUUCUAUUCGAUGAAACUUUAUUUUGUGAGGUGACCAGAUUUCGUUUUUCAUGAAAACUGGGGACAUUUUCUAGUUAAACGGUCAAAGUAUCAUUGAAAUCUCGUUUGUUAUAAUCAAUCAAUUAAUAAAAAAAUUUGUUCCACAUAAUUAUUCAUGAGUUUUUGUACUAUUGCAAUUAAUUACAAUAGUAUGAUAUUGUUUGCAGAUCAAACUGACCAUAACUGGUUGUAAUCAAGUUGACCAAAACUCUAUGGAAUAAUAGUCCACUGUGAAAAUAGUAAAUACUAACCAUUGCAAAUGAUCAAAACAGUUGCACGCAUUAACACAAAUUUCAAUAACACUACAAAAAUAUAACAAAUUACAUUAAGGUUCCAUUCACAAAGCAUUUAUAAAUGUGUUCAUUAAUGAUUAAUUAGCCAUUUGCAAAUGUAUUAUAAAGCAGUUAUAACGGCAUGAAUAAAAAGAAGGAUUCUAACCAAAUACCUGCCAAAUAGUGAGCCAUUAUUAACUCAAUGUAUUUAUUCAGAUUUAUUUGACUCGAAAGCAGAUUCAUUAUUAUCUUGAUGUUGUUUGCAAAAUAGGCUGUCAGACCGGAGAUUAUACAUUUUUUUCAAAUGAGGUGUUUUGAAGUUGUGAAUGAAUACUUCACAGGCGUCCACUUUUCUUUGAAGUGCACUUUCAUGGGCUGUCAAUACUUCUAAAUGUAUGACUCACAUCAGAGAUGUAGCCUUGUGAGCCA